GAAUUUGGCAGCCAAAGCAUUUGUAGAUCAACUUCUUUAUUUUUGCAUAAUGGUACACAAUCAUACUCUCUGCCUGGGAAAAACAAAGUAAAUGACUUUCAGCUUUAAAAUGAAAUGUCUGUGCUUGUAUGAAAGAAUUCUUUUUGUUCUACAUAAACAAAGUUUGACAGCUCGACAGGACUGAAAGCAGAAUCUUGGCCUUUUAGUUCUUAAACUGGUAAAUUUUACAAGUUUUAAACUUGUAAAUGUAGUAAUUACAGAGCAUCAACAGGAAGGCCUAACAAUGUUCCCUGUCUUCUGUAAACUGUUAAUGCUUUGGAGCAAAUAGUGAGGCUCUGAAACCAGAGCUGUUCCCGGGAUACUCUGAUAUCCCACUGGGUAGGGGAAGAGUUGUUGCUCUGGGCCCGUGAGCUCUUGAGGUUGUGUUGCUGGUUGAUUGUUUUGGUCCUCUCUCCUCUUGAACAGGAACCAUGCCCAAGGAAGGAGGGAAGCAUGCUGAAAUGGGAAAAGAAACACAGGCACAGUGUAAACGAGCAAAGCUGGAAGCAGCUUGUUCUCCCUCAGUCCUGAGUUUUGAGAACCCAGACAGCCUCUUCGGGAGCUUGAUCUCCCCCAUCAAAGAAGAGGUGUUUUUCAAGGAGUACUGGGAGCAAAAGCCACUGCUCGUGCAGAGCAAUGAUCCCCUGGUGGCUGCUUACUCCCUGUCCCUGUUCCAGCUGUCAGACUUGAAGGAGCUGUGCAGCCAGGGCCUGUACUAUGGGCGAGAUGGGAAUAUCUAGUGUGUGAAUGGAGAGAAGAAGGUUUUAAAUAAAGAAGGCAAAGUGAAUUACAUGCAGCUGAAGAAGGAUUUUGACCAGAAAAAGGCAACAAUACAGUUUCAUCAGCCUCAGAGAUUUAAGGAGGAGCUGUGGAAGAUUCAGGAGAAGCUGGAGUGCUGCUUUGGGUCUCUGGUGGGGUCCAAUGUUUCCAUCACUGCCCAGGGAUCCCAGGGCCUUCCUCCUCACUAUGAUGAUGUUGAGGUGUUUAUCCUUCAGCUGGAAGGCGAGAAACACUGGCGGCUCUAUAAACCAAGGGUGCCUUUAGCUGGGGAAUAUGAUGUGGAAUCAGAAGAUAGGAUUGGGAAUCCCACACGUGAGUUCAUAUUAAAGCCAGGUGACUUACUGUACUUCCCAAGAGGGACCAUCCACCAAGCUGACACUCCUCUUGGGACCUCCCAUUCCACACACGUGACCAUCAGUACCUACCAAAACAACACAUGCUUGAGGCUCUAUUUUUGGGUCCAAAUCACCACUUUUUGCUCCCUCUCCUGUGGGCACUGA